AUGUAUCAUAAUGAACAAGAUGCAAAGAACUUAAGAUGGCAUGCAGAUGAAAGAAUACGCGAUGGAAAGCUUCGACACCCUGCAGAUUCUCCUCAAUGGGCAAAAGUUGACCAUGAUUACCCAAAUUUUGGGAAAGAACCCCGAAACCUACAUCUUGCUUUGUCUACUGAUGGAAUAAAUCCGCAUGGUCCAAAACAACCAGGGAAUGACAUAGACAUAUACUUGGCACCUCUUAUUGAAGACUUGAAGGAUAUGUGGAACGAAGGUGUAGAGGUGUAUGAUGGGUAUACGAAAGAAAGUUUCCUACUAAGGGCAAUGUUGUUUGGCACAAUUAAUGAUUUUCCGACAUAUGGUAAUCUAUCUGGAUAUAGUAUCAAAGGUAAGUGUGCAUGCCCUAUAUGUGAAGAUAAUACAGAUUGGGUGCGAUUGGAACAUGGUAAGAAAAAUGUUUUUCUUGGGCAUCGUAGAUUCUUACCUUUAAAGCACCGUUAUCGAGGAUGGAGAAAAGCAUUUAAUGGGACGACAGAAGAACGUAGAGCUCCAGAAUUGUUGUAUGGUGAUAAAGUUUUUGAAAAAGUAAAGGAUAUAAACAUCAAAUUUGGUAAGCCUUUUGCAAGAGAUCUAGUCACAAGUGGGUGGAAGAAAAAGUCAAUAUUUUUUUAUUUGCCAUAUUGGAAGUCCUUGUAUGUUAGACAUUUCUUUGAUGUGAUGCAUAUCGAAAAAAAUAUAUUUGAUAAUGUCAUAGGUACGUUAUUGAAUGUUCCUGGAAAGUCUAAGGAUGGCAUUAAAGCAAGGUUGGACUUAGUUCAAAUGGGAAUUCAAACAGAAUUGGCUCCAAUGAAGAAAGGUAAACGUCAAUAUCUACCUCCAGCAGCUCAUACUCUAUCUAGAAAGGAAAAAGUUGUGUUUUGUAAGUUUCUACAAGGAGUUAAAGUUCCACAAAGGUAUUCAUCAAACAUUAGGAACUUAGUAUCUAUGAAAGAUCUAAAGCUAAUAGGGUUAAAGUCUCAUGACUGUCAUGUUAUGAUGGAGCAUUUGUUACCGAUAGCCAUACGUUCCAUUUUGCCUAAAAAGGUAAGGUGGACCAUAACUAAAUUAUGCUAUUUCUUUAGAGCGAUAUGUAGCAAAGUGAUUGACACUGGAAAAUUGCAAGCACUAGAAAGAGAAAUUAUUGUAACUUUGUGUGAGCUUGAAGUGUAUUUUCCACCUUCUUUCUUUGACAUAAUGGUUCAUGUUACCAUUCACUUAGUCAAGGAGACACAAUAUUAUGGACCAGCUUAUAUGAGAUGGAUGUAUCCAAUGGAGCAGUAUAUGAAGAUAUUAAAGGGUUAUGUGAAAAAUAGAAGUCGACCAAAAGGAUGUAUAGUGGAACGAUAUAUACUUGAAGAAGCUAUUGAAUUUUGUACUGAUUACCUCUUUGAUGUUGAAUCAAUAGGACUUCCAAAUUCUCGACACUUAGCGAGAACCACAGGAGAAGGAAUUUCUAGAAAUACCAUAGUGACCAUAAGCAGGAAAGAUUGGGAGCAAGCUCAAUUGUAUGUCCUACACAAUGACGAUGAAGUUGAGCCAUAUGUUAAGAGACACAAAGACAUGAUUACAAAAUUAAAUCCAACUAGGACUGACCAGUGGAUAUGUAGAGAACACAAUGCAACUUUUAUACACUGGCUAAAAAGUCACAUUUUUGCAGAGUUAAAUGUGAAAUCCUCUUUAGUUUCUGACAGUUUGAGAUGGUUAGCCAAUGGUCCAAAUAUUCAAGUCUUCUCUUACACUGGUUAUAUGAUUAAUGGGUGCACAUUUUACAUUAAAGACCGAGAUGACCAAAGUACUAUGCAAAAUAGUGGUGUAACUUUGGUGGCUGAAUCUAUGCACAUCUCAAGUGCUAAAGAUAGAAGUCCUAUAUAUGCAAAUAUGUCGUAUUUUGGGGUAAUUGAACAUAUAUGGGAGUUGGAUUACACCACAUUUCGGGUACUAGUAUUUGGUUGCAAGUGGGUUGAUAACAAUAAUGGAGUUCGACAAGACGAGGUAGGAUUUAUGCAAGUGAAUUUUAAUAAAGCAGGGUACAAAGAUGAGCCAUUUAUUUUAGCAUCACAAGCUCAACAAAUUUUUUAUGUCACUAAUCCGGUUGAUGUUAAUUGGUCAAUUGUGUUGUUGACCAAUAAAAUAAAUUAUCCUUCCAAUGAUGAAAUAGAGGAUGAAGAUACAAACAUUGAAGAUGAUCCUUUGUAUCAAAUAUCAUACGAUGAUGAUCCAAUAAAUGAUGAUAUCUUGUAUAGGAGAGAUGAUCAUGAUGAAGGAAUAUGGAUAAAUCCAUCAUUUUGUGUCCAUAAGAAACCUAAGUAA